AUGGGACGAAUAUCUAUCUUCACUGAUGCUCUUGCACUAGUAAUGUCGGAUGAUGACCCAGAACUGACAUCUUUACAUGAUCUACAAGACACGGUGGGGAAACACCGACUUCUCAACUUUCCAACUUCUAACUCUAUAUCCGUAACUACUGAGAAUUUCUUGACAGAAAAACAGAGUGGUUAUUUUUACUCGCCUCGGGAUAAACCUACGACGUUGUUUAACAUUGAUCAGAAAAAAUUUUACUCUAUAAUCAUAGUAGAUCCGGAUGCCGCGCCGCAAGCUGAAGGUGAAUUUUAUUUACACAUGAUAAAGUCUAAUAUUCCCGGUCUAGCGCUAAAAUCCAAAGAAGCCAGCAAAACUGUUGGUAUAGAUUAUAGAGUAGCUAGCAUGUACGGCUGCACAUCCGGAGGUCCUGGGUUCGAGUUCCAGGUCGGGCCUACUUUAGUAAUUGAUUCUGUUAAGAAAGUCCCUGUAACAGACCGGAGUUGGGAAAUUGGAUGUGUUUCACCCCAGUGCCGAGGUUACAAACCACCAGCGCCACCUCGCGGCACAGGCGCGCACCGUUACAUGAACUUAUUGUACGAACAAGUUGAUGGCAAUAACUUUUUACCUAACGUGCCUUCCUCUCGCAGCCGCUUCCACCUAGGUGGCUGGCUUCGAGGCAAGAACCUGUGUGGACCCAUCGCUGGCACACAGUUUCGAGUGCAAUAC